UUGCCUCCUUUUUAAACCGCCCAAUGGAUUAUAUUAAGCCAUGCAAGGCCCGACCCAAAUCCAGUGGAGUGAAAAAAUGGGCCGUGUGGUCAGCCAGACAAGGCCCAAUGUUGGUCCAGUUAACUGUCCUAGCCUGGCCGGGCUUUUCUGCUGUAGAGCUGGGGACCCGCCCGAUGUGGCCGGCCGCCGUGAUUUCGUCCCGGUGUGCCUGUAAACUUUACAGGUGUAGCCGGAACCGGCUGCAUGGCCGUCUCGGCAGCGACAGGUGUCACCGGCCGCCACACUCUUCUCUGAAGUCUGAACACUGCCGCUGCUUCGCCCAACAAAUUCGUUUCAGGCGAGCAACUGAAGCAGAGUCCUGGUCUUGUAGUGUUUGUAUACUUGUAUGUAGACUCCCGCUUGAUGGAGACCAGGUAGGAUAGAAGGAGGAGGUCUUCGUCGAUGCGACGACGAUUACAAGUGCAGUAUUGAAUCUGCAUAGCCCUUCAGGUUCUAUCUGUUCUUGUUGGAAAUUAUCAGGAUCCUGAGAAGAGAACGGCAGGAUGAGAGCAUGGAACUAAACAUUACGGGCUCAUACAGCUGCUUCCCGUGAAGCCCGCCCAGAACUCUGCAUCGGAAGACUGUACUGCAACGAUGGGCGAAUACAGCGCGGAGCCGGAGUACAGGGGCCUCCCCAACGGCGCCGGCGACGGCGCCGCAUCAAUGCCGGCAGCGCUCCGUAAGGUCUCCAUCGUCCCGCUAGUCUUCCUCAUCUUCUACGAGGUCUCCGGCGGACCGUUCGGCAUCGAGGACAGCGUGGGCGCGGCGGGGCCCCUCCUCGCCAUCGCCGGCUUCCUGGUCCUCGCCGUCGUCUGGAGCAUCCCGGAGGCGCUGAUCACGGCGGAGCUGGGCACCAUGUUCCCGGAGAACGGCGGGUACGUCGUGUGGGUCGCCUCGGCGCUCGGCCCCUACUGGGGUUUCCAGCAGGGGUGGAUGAAGUGGCUGAGCGGCGUGAUCGACAAUGCCCUGUACCCGGUCCUCUUCUUGGACUACCUCAAAUCCGCCGUCCCGGCGCUAGGCGGCGGCAUGCCGAGGGUGGGCGCCGUCCUGGGACUCACGGCGGUGCUGACGCUGCUCAACUACUGGGGUCUCACCGUCGUCGGCUGGGUCGCCAUCUGCCUCGGGGUGUUCUCUGUCCUGCCUUUCUUCGUCAUGGGGCUCAUCUCGCUCCCCAAGCUCCGGCCGGCGAGGUGGUUGGUGGUCGACCUCCACAACGUCGACUGGAACCUGUACCUGAACACUCUGUUCUGGAACCUCAACUACUGGGAUUCCAUCAGCACGCUGUCCGGUGAGGUCGACAACCCCGGUAAGACGCUGCCCAAGGCGCUGUUCUACGCGGUCAUCUUCGUGGUCGUGGGCUACCUGUACCCCCUCCUCGUCGGGACCGGCGCGGUGCCGCUGGACAGGGGGCAGUGGAGCGACGGCUACUUCGCGGACAUCGCGAAGCUGCUGGGUGGUGCGUGGCUGAUGUGGUGGGUGCAGGCGGCGGCGGCGCUGUCGAACAUGGGCAUGUUCGUUGCGGAGAUGAGCAGCGACUCGUACCAGCUGCUGGGCAUGGCAGAGCGGGGCAUGCUUCCCGCCUUCUUCGCGCGGCGGUCGCGGCACGGGACGCCGCUGGUGGGCAUCCUCUUCUCCGCCUCCGGCGUCCUGCUGCUCUCCUCUAUGAGCUUCCAGGAGAUCGUGGCCGCCGAGAACUUCCUCUACUGCUUUGGCAUGCUGCUCGAGUUCCUGGCGUUUGUGCUGCUGCGCGUGCGCCGGCCCGACGCACCGCGGCCGUACCGGGUGCCGCUCGGGACCGCCGGGUGCGUGGCGAUGCUGGUGCCGCCAACGGCGCUGAUCGUGGUGGUGCUCGCGCUGUCGACGCUCAAGGUGGCGCUGGUGAGCCUCGGCGCCGUGGCCGUCGGGCUCGUGCUGCAGCCCGCCCUUAGGUUUGUUGAGAAGAAGGGGUGGCUCAGGUUCGCCGUCAACUCGGACCUGCCGGACAUCGGCGUGCCACACGCACCCGCCGCGGUGGACGAGCCGUUGGCGCCGUAGCCCGUGGGCUACGCAAAAAAGAGCUAGAUUUGGGCUUCACUUCACAAUACGGCAACAGAGGUUGGGCUGGAAGUGCUUCCAUGGGCGACGUAGUUCUGCGACUGCGUGGCUGAAUUGCCGCUACAGCUGGCCAGGGUAGUGUUCAUCUGGAACAGCACAAGGCAGGUGCACACCUUUACACCAUGGCACCAAGUUGUAACACGCUAGAGAUUUUGUCAAGGUUGGCGGUGAACAUGAACGAAACCUUGGAAGUUUUGACAAGCA